UAAAAAAAACACAUUUGAAAAAUUAAAACCCUAAAAGAACGUAACAGAAAUUAAAACCUACAGCUUUACCCUUGUAUCGGAAACUGAACUGACCGGAAACCAGCCGGAGUUUCUCGUCGGCCGGCAGAAACAGUGAGAAAUUCUGCCCAGGGAAUAUAGAAGAUUGCAACUUUCGGAGAUGGCUGCAAGUUUUGCUUCCAGAUGUUCUCGUGUUGGCCGUUCUCUUUUCGGUGGAUUAAGCAACAAUUCCCCUGGUCUAUUUACCACGUCACAUGAGAUGACAUGCAACAAUUAUUUUUCUCAGCAACAACGCACCUUCAUACAGAUGAGGACUGUUCUCAAGGUUGUGGACAAUUCUGGGGCUAAAAAGGUGAUGUGCAUACAAGCAUUGAAAGGGAAGAAAGGAGCAAGAUUAGGUGAUACGAUAGUAGCAUCAGUGAAGGAAGCACAUCCCAAUGGAAAAGUGAAGAAGGGAAAGGUUGUAUACGGGGUAGUUGUUCGCGCUGCAAUGCAAAAGGGGAGAUGUGAUGGCAGUGAGGUCAAGUUUGAUGACAAUGCCGUGGUGCUUGUUGACAAGCAAGGGCAGCCUAUAGGGACUCGAGUUUUUGGACCAGUUCCUCAUGAGUUGAGGAAAAAGAAGCAUGUCAAGAUCCUUACAUUAGCAGGGCAUAUUGCAUAGAUGAAGAUAAGAGCCAUCCUCCAAUAGAUUUGGAUGAGGAGAAUUUGGACGCCAAAACGAAAUAGCUGUUGCUAUACACUUCGCACACACAAAAAAAGUAUGUAUGCACUAAAAUAGCAUACAUUUGAAUAGGGUUAAGACUUCUUUUAAAUAAGACAAACUGUGCUUUUUAUGAUAUUUGUUGAGGAAAAAUAUGCAUUUUCUAUGACA